UGCCAGCCAUUCGCCUCCCAGUCUUCAACAGCCAUUAUAUCUCUCUAUAGUGGAAAAUGAAAGCCCACCACCUUCAGGACCCAGUUCCUAAAAUUUCUCUGCUCUGUGCCUUCUAACAUAUGAGAAAGAGAGUUGAAUUAUGAGAAGAGUACCCAGUCACACCUCCAAAUCAAGCCCUUUUAUUUGUUUGAAAUUUGAUUGCAUGGGUUUGAGAGCACUUGGAAAGAGAUGUCUGCUUACUUGGGCUGCAGAACUGCAGGCAGCUGCAAUCCCCGUCACAAGAAUUUUGAUAUUGCCACUCUUCCAAUGAUGCCUUUGUCAGGUACCAUAACCCAGUGUCUCCUGUGCCACUCCAUGGAGUGACAAAAUAGAGCCAAGUUAGAUUCUGUUCUUUCCUCCACGCUUCUCUCAUACUCUCUGUGUGUGUCUGUCUUCGUGUCUUUUCUCAAGGAGCUUUAGCCUUAGAGAUAAGAACAUAGAAGAAACCAGAUACUACUGUUUGAACCCUUUUUGUUUCCCUCAUAGGUGAAAGAAAACAAAACAAAAGCUUCCAUGUUCCCAUUAGCCACCAUGUCCAACUCCACUUCCAUCUCUGAAGAAGCCAGUGUUUCUUCGGAGACAAGAGCCCAUGACUUCAAUAAAAGCUUGAGCUCUCCGUUGACACCCAUAUCUCCCCCCCACUACCAACAACAGCAACAAGAGCCACAACCGAAGUCUCAGAAGAAGAGAAGCCAGCCUGGGAACCCAGACCCAGAUGCUGAAGUGAUUGCUUUGUCCCCAAAGACCUUGAUGGCUACCAAUAGAUUUGUGUGUGAGAUAUGUAACAAGGGUUUCCAGAGGGAUCAGAACCUCCAGCUCCACAGGAGGGGCCACAACCUACCAUGGAAGCUGAGGCGGAGAAGCAGCAAGGAGGGGAUGAGGAAGAGGGUGUAUGUGUGCCCAGAGCCAACCUGUGUCCACCACCACCCUUCCAGGGCCCUUGGGGACCUCACAGGGAUCAAGAAGCACUACAGUAGGAAGCAUGGUGAGAAGAAGUGGAAGUGUGACAGGUGCUCCAAGACAUAUGCUGUGCACUCUGACUGGAAGGCACAUGUGAAGACCUGUGGGACAAGGGAGCAUAGAUGUGAUUGUGGUACCCUCUUCUCUAGGAAGGAUAGCUUCAUCACCCAUAGAGCCUUUUGUGAAGCCUUGGCAGAAGAGAAUGCAAGACUCAUUGCCGCCAGCGGUCCCCAUGCCGCCGCCGCAGCCAACAUGACUGUCACCACAAUCACUCCUCCACUCCUCCACCAUCAUCUCUUCCUCCCCUUCUCCUCUUGCUACUCCCUCCCAAACCCUAACCCUAACCCUAGUCCUUAUCAACUCAAGCCUGAAGACUCCCUUCCCUCCCUCCACCCUUACCUCCACCAUCUCCACACCACCACCACCACCUCCUCCUCAUCCUCCCCUCACAUGUCAGCCACUGUCCUCCUCCAACGAGCCUCCACCAUGGGGCCCAUAACCACCACCAGCUCCGCCACCACCUCUGCCGCCGGGGGCUGUCAGACGGGCAGUUCGAUGUUCGACGCCGGGGAUCCGUCCGCAUGGCAGAGAAGCGACAGCCUGACGAGGGACUUCCUUGGUGCGGUGGCCGGCGAGACCGGCGAGGAGGAGCUGCUGUCCUUUAACGGAGCCCUCGGCCUGGAUAUGGUAACCGCCGCCUCCCGCGGCCGCAUUGACCGCCCCAAGCGCUUCGCUGGGUUCCCCCCCGCCACCGACACGUGGGGUGACUGUUAAGCUCAUUCGCGAAUGUCCCUCAUUUUGAGGAGGAUAUACGAUAAUGUCACUCAGAAUUUAGUUUUUCUCUCUCUUUUCAGAAAUUUAUUCUACUUGCUCCGAAGUUUACUUUUAGAACCAGGGGAGGCUUAUCGUGAAGUAUCGUAUGAAUUUUAUUAUUUGACUUUUAUAGAGUUUUCACUGGGUAAUUAUAUCAUAAUGGCAGUAUGGUAGUUUCUUGCAAA